UCCAGAAAGCAACCAAAUCAGAGCAGUGGCAGCCAAAGGGAUCGGAGGAGAAGAUGGCCGCCGCUUCGGCUACUGCCACGAUCCGGAGCACGUACUACCACCCACAGCACAUGCUCAAGUCCUACCACUACAGCGACGCGUCGACGUACCCCUGCGCCGCGUGCGAGCGCGUCGUCACCGGCGCCGGCUACAGCUGCGACGAGUGCGACUUCAACAUCCACAAGGCGUGCUUCACGGGGCUCCCGGGCUCCAUCUGCCUGGGCCGCACGCAAAGCGACCACGGCCAGGGGCUCCUCGCCUUCACCCUCGCCCUCACCCGCCUCGACGCCGCCCGGGCGUGCCGCCUCUGCGAGGAGACCUCCCGCGCGGGGCGCUACAUGUACCUGUGCGCGCCGCUGGAGGUGUACCUGCACCCCCGGUGCGUGCUGCUCACGGCCGGCACGCACUUCCACCCCGAGCACUUGCUGUCCAUGUACUUCUACGACGGCGGCGGCGCGACCUACGCCUGCGCAGCGUGCGAGCGCGCCAUCACCGGCGGCGUCGGCUUCCGCUGCGGCGAGUGCGACUUCAGCAUCCACGCGGCCUGCCUCAGCCUCCCCGGCUCCAUCUCCUUCGCCAAGCACAGCCGCGAGCACGACCUCACGCUCACCCGCCUCAAGGCCAGCCGCUGGUGCGACGUCUGCAAGGAGACCUCCCACGCCGGAUGCUACAUGUAUCUCUGCGCACCGUGCAACUACGACGUGCACCCGCGGUGCGUGCCGGCGGCGGACGACGGCGCCCAGCGGCCGCGGGCCCAGCUGCAGCCCCAGCGCGGCCAGGUCCAGCCUAACAGGGGCGGGGACGCCGCCCGCGCUGUCCAGACUGGCCUACACGUGGUGGGCGAGGCGGCGCACACCGCGGAGUCCGUGUGCACGCUGGUGGACACGGUGAGCACGCUGGCUUCAGUCGGCGCGUGCACCAUCCUGUGACGAAUUGAACACCAAUAUAAUGCAGCAAGCCAGCAAGAAGGCAGGAGUCGUUCUCGUGUCACUCUUCAGAGUGGACUUCGAGUAAUAUAUGCACUGAUCACUACGUGAAGUGUAGUAGUAUUUUACUAUUUUGCCUGUUUGUAACAAAUUAAACCCGCUGUCGUCAAGUAUUACUGUGGCUUCUUAAUUUAAUUUAUCCUUGUAUUUGCAACGGAAUGCACUCCAUUUCCCAAGUUUUCAA